UUUUACUUUGGCUCUCUUACUCUUGGCCUUUGACUAUUGCCUAGGCCGAGCUAGGGCCGUCCCCAGUAUUCUACAAAACAAUCGGCAAGCCGAUGCGGAGUCUGCCGUGAUACUUUACGUAUCCACAAUUGUUGUCGCCGAACGGGGGAUUCCCCUCCCGGUUCACGGUUUCAGUAAUUUUUUCAUGUCAACCAUGUCUCGACAGGCGUGCUUUAUAAAGGGAGUAGUGGGAAGGUUGCAAGACACGACUUUCUAUCAUGACUUUGCCCUCUAUGACCAAAGUACUCACAGACUUCAAGCCCAGGGCUGGUCUCUUCGGCAACACCCGAGUUCUACUCAGCACGACAUCGCUCAAACAAGACAAGAGCAGUUAUAACCACAGAGACAUAUGCAGAGUCACUACACGGGCCUCCCCAAUCAAGCAUCGCAUACCAACAGGAACAUGGGAUACGCACAUGCACGUUGUUGACCCGCAGCGCUUCCCCGUCUCCCUCAACGCGGUGUACAAGCCUUCGAAGCAUACGAUCGAAGAGGCCAUGGCAUUUGAAUCUUCUUUGGGGAUAGGAAAAAUCAUCCUAGUCCAGCCGUCAAUAUACGAAACGGACAAUUCCUGUCUUUUGGAGGCACUCAGACACGUGGGGCCGUCCCGUGGGCGUGCGGUUGUGGUGAUUGAUCCGGCGACAAUUGAUUCCCAGACACUCGCAGAUUGGCAUUCAAUAGGUGUACGGGGCGUGCGGGUGAACCUAAAAUCUGUCGACACGGUGCUUGAUGAACGUGACUUGACAGAAAUGCUAUUGCAACAUGCGCAGGUCAUCCGGCCCCUCGGAUGGGUCAUCCAAGUCUAUGUUUCGCUGGAAAUGGUCCCAAUCCUAGAGAGAAUAGUCCCUCAGCUAGGCGUCAAGCUGUGCAUUGAUCAUUUUGGAAGCCCGGAUUUGACAACAGUUGACAACCCUUUGCAAGGUGCAGCGUCAUUCGAUCCAUACAGCCUGGCGGGGUUUUCAUCUUUGAUAUCUCUCCUCCAAGCUGGAAAGACAUACGUCAAGAUCUCCGCUCCGUACCGUCUCAGCAAGGAUGGACAAUACCGCGAUCUGGAGGUAAUGGCGCAAGAGUUCCUGCGUGUGGCCCCGGACCGAGUCCUCUAUGCAACCGACUGGCCUCAUACGCGCUUUGCCGGGAUGGACAUUGAGCCAUUCACAGAGACGUGUCUGCGCCUGUGCGAAAAUGUGCCUGGACUGGCAGAUCGAGUGUUUCGGCGGAAUGCCGAAGAGAUGAUGGGGGAGGACGCAUGAUGCGCUGAGUGAUCACAUUGAGUACUGCAAUUUUUCCACCAGACCUUACGAUUCAUGACUAGAUUAGCGUAAUACCACA